AUGGCGAAUCUAGCACGCUUCUCCCAGCGAGCCCUACGAAGGGCACACGUGUUCGCAAGGCACCACGCUCAACCGCAGCCGCAGCUACUGGCCGUGGAACGCGCUUUCGCGACGGAGGCGGCGAAAUCGAUAACUCCGUCGCCGGAUCGUGUGAAAUGGGACUACCGAGGGCAGAGGAAGAUAAUCCCGCUGGGGCAGUGGCUCCCCAAAGUAGCCGUGGAUGCUUACGUGGCACCCAACGUGGUCCUCGCCGGCCAAGUCACCGUCUGGGACGGAGCCUCCGUUUGGCCUGGUUGCGUUCUCCGAGGUGAUCUCAACAAGAUCAGCAUCGGAUUCUGCUCCAACGUUCAGGAACGCUCCGUUCUUCACGCGGCAUGGUCUUCUCCCACAGGCCUUCCCGCUGACACUUUAAUAGAGAGGUACGUGACAAUUGGGGCAUACAGCCUUUUGAGGUCUUGCACUAUUGAGCCAGAAUGCAUCAUUGGGCAGCACUCCAUCCUCAUGGAAGGUUCAUUGGUGGAGACACAGUCAAUCCUUGAAGCUGGGUCAGUAGUUCCACCAGGAAGGCGAAUUCCUUCUGGUGAACUUUGGGCAGGAAAUCCAGCCAGGUUUGUGAGGACUUUGACCCAUGAGGAAAUCCUAGAAAUCCCCAAACUUGCAGUUGCUAUAAAUGAUCUGAGCAGAGACCAUUACUCAGAGUUCCUUCCUUACUCCACAGUAUAUUUGGAGGUUGAGAAAUUUAAGAAGUCCUCGGUUUACAUAGGAAAGAUUGCAAGAGAGGUACUUGAUGUAAAUGGAAAUGAUGUUCCACCUUCUGUUCUGAAACAAGUCAAAACCCCAGAUUCAAGGGGUGGUGCCGUCGAGCCAAAGAUGGUCAAAGAUUCUUUAAAGUUUGCUUCUUUCUUAUUGCGUGAUUUGUUGUCAAACGCAUUUCAGUGA